AUGACAAGCAGUACAUUGGCACCAGUACCAACAGUUGCAACAACGAUGACAUCAUCUUCAGCAUCAUCCAUAUAUGACUGUAACUUUGAGCAGAACCUCUGUAACUGGUCCCAGUCUAUUUCAGACGAUUUUGAUUGGACACGUAACAAAGGUAGAACCUCAAGUUCUGACACAGGUCCUAUCACUGAUCACACUACUGGCACUGAUGCUGGGUUUUAUAUUUUCAUUGAGGUAUCUGCUCCACGCAAACCCAAUCAAAAAGCUCAGAUUGUCAGUGCCAACAUUGUUACUACUACAACAAAAUGUCUGAGAUUUUGGUACCACAUGUAUGGCUUAAAUAUCAAAACACUGAACGUAUAUCUAAAAAGCAGCGCAACACCAGGAAAACUUUUUUGGACUCAUAAAGGUUCCCUUAGCAACAAAUGGUAUCAAGCUCAGGUUGAUAUCCAGGGAAAUUCUACAUAUAAGAUCAUGUUUGUAGCUGUCGUUGGUCAUGGCGUGAGGGGAGACAUUGCUGUUGAUGAUAUAACUGUUCGCGAAGGAUCAUGUGCAGCUCCAUCUCAAAUUGUGCCAGUUAUUGGAAAGUAA